UCCGAUGACAGAGGCGCCGGAAGCCAGGGCCCCGGCUGCGGGGACAAGGUGAGAGCCGGCUGGCUUCCGGGCCGGGAGGUGCGGGCGGAGGGCGAGGUACGCCGGACGGGCCGACGGGGGCGAGGCAGACGGCAGCUCGGCCGGGCUCCCAGGCCCCAGGCCUUCUCCGGAGCCCCGACAAACCGCGGCCCCAGCCUGCCCCUGCGCUGGCUUUCCGUUCAGUCGUCGGGCCCGGGCCGGGAGCUGGAGUCCCACGGACUCGUAGGACCCUCGAGGAGCCGCCUCUGCCAGGGGAGUCGCGCGAACUGAGACGUCCGGUCCCGGUGCGACCCGGUCGGGUCGGAGAGGCAGAGAGCACAAGCAGGGGGAGCGGCAGGCAGAGGGAGAAGCAGGCUCCCUACUGAGCCCGAUGCGGGACUUGAUCCCAGGAACCUGGGACCAUGACCUGAGCCGAAGGCAGACGCUUAACCGACUGAGCCACCCAGGCGCCCCAGUCCUCACCUUUCUUGAGCUGUAUUUAUAUUUGGCAGAGGCCACCAUGGAGCAGUGUGCGAGUGUGGAGAGGGAGGUGGACAGGGUCCUGCAGAAGUUCCUGACCUACGGGCAGCACUGCGAGCAGAGCCUGGAGGAGCUGCUGCACUACGUGGGCCAGCUGAGGGCUGAGCUGGCCAGCGCAGCCCUCCAGGGGACCCCUCUGUCAGCCACCCUCUCCCUGGUGAUGUCCCAGUGCUGCCGGAAGAUCAAAGACACCGUGCAGAAACUGGCUUCGGACCACAAGGACAUUCACAGCAGCGUCUCCCGAGUAGGCAAAGCCAUCGACAGGAACUUUGACUCUGAGAUUUGCGGUGUCGUCUCCGAUGCGGUGUGGGACUCUCGGGAGAAGCAGCAGCAGGUCCUGCAGAUGGCCAUUGUGGAGCACCUAUACCAGCAGGGUAUGCUGAGCGUUGCCGAGGAGCUGUGCCAGGAGUCAACACUGAACGUGGACUUGGACUUUAAGCAGCCUUUCCUCGAGUUGAAUCGAAUCCUGGAAGCUCUGCACGAACAAGACCUAGGGCCGGCAUUGGAAUGGGCUGUCUCUCACAGGCAGCGCCUGCUCGAGCUCAACAGCUCCCUGGAGUUCAAGCUGCACCGCCUACACUUCAUCCGCCUCCUGGCAGGCGGCCCUGAGAGGCAGCUGGAGGCCCUCAGCUAUGCCCGGCACUUUCAGCCGUUUGCACGGCUGCACCAGCGAGAGAUCCAGGUGAUGAUGGGCAGCCUGGUGUACCUGCGGCUGGGCUUGGAGAAGUCCCCCUACUGCCACCUCCUGGACAACAGCCACUGGGCAGAGAUCUGCGAGACCUUUACCCGGGAUGCUUGUUCCCUGCUGGGGCUCUCGGUGGAGUCGCCCCUCAGUGUCAGCUUUGCUUCUGGCUGUGUGGCGCUGCCUGUGCUGAUGAACAUUAAGGCUGUGAUUGAGCAGAGGCAGUGCACAGGGGUCUGGAGUCACAAGGACGAGCUACCGAUUGAGAUUGAACUGGGCAUGAAGUGCUGGUACCACUCGGUGUUCGCGUGCCCCAUCCUCCGGCAGCAGACGUCAGAUUCCAACCCUCCCAUCAAGCUCAUCUGUGGCCACGUGAUCUCCCGAGACGCCCUCAACAAGCUCAUCAAUGGAGGAAACUUCACGGACAAGGAGUUACUGCAGCCUCACCGUGCCCAGAGAGAACCCAGCAUGCCUCUCUGCCUGGGUGAAAAGGCCCAGGGAUGUCACCUCAGACCACGGGCCUGAUGCUUUUACACAAACGAGUCAAAUCUGAUGCCCUCCUUACUAGGAAUAGGAAGCGGAGCGAGGGGAUUUAGGAAGAUGAACGGACUUGCCCUACAGGGCUCACAGCUUGUAAAGGAGACAGUUCGGAAUUGGAACUGAAUCCAACCCUCCAUCCCAAGCUCUUUGCGGUUGACUCCAGGGUGCCUAGAGCUUGGUUGCUUUGUGUCCACACUGAGCCCCGUGCUGGGCCUCAGAGAGCAGGAAGACACCCAAAGUCUGAGACGUCUGAAGGGACUGGGUCACCGGGGUCAUUACACCAAGCAGGAGAGCUGGCCUGGGGUUUGUCCCUAGCUUCAUAUGCCUACUUCAGAUGUGCUGUAUGCGUGGCUAAAUGGCUUCCAGAGGUUUCCCAGUGGCAUUUCGGGCUUGUAGGGGCAGGGGAAGGAAGGAGGAGGAAUGGGGGUGUCCCCAACACAGGGGCCGCAGGCUUUUGUGUAUGGCAUCUGCUGCAGCAGCCUUAUGGUGUGGCUCCCACCAGUGGGAGGCGGAAGCCUGGGGUGGGCAGCAAAGAGUGUUCUCUGCUGGGGUCUGGCACCAGCCCCGGCGGCCCAGCAGAAGCAGCAACUUCUGAGUCCGUCGGGUUCCCUGGUGAGAAAGGCUGUAUCCACUCUCUCCUGCCCACCACCUCCUUGGCCCCACCAGCAGCUGCUGGCGAAAAAC